AUGGAUGACGAAUAUUCGACUGCCCAGCGGAGUAAAUUUCGCUUCAAAUCCAAACAUCACAACUCAACCUCCAGAUCAAAAACAGGAGGCCUAGUGGGUAACGGUGACGCCGAAACAUCCUCAUCAUCCCGCCAGCGUCAUCACCGGCGUCAUCACCAUCGCCAUCACCGCUCCUCGAAGCAUCACAAAUCCUCCCACCACUCCCAGACCGCUACUGACCGUAUCCACCCAUCCACUAUGCCUCCCAACGAUGCAUUCCGUGAAUCCCUUUUCGAUGCCCUAGCUGACGAUGAGGGCGCGGCAUACUGGGAAUCGGUAUAUGGUCAGCCAAUCCACAUCUAUCCGCGUCUGGAUCGCGGCGGGGAGUUGGAGCAGAUGACGGAUGAAGAGUAUGCUGCGUACGUUCGUGCGCGCAUGUGGGAGAAGACGCAUGAGGCUAUUGCUGAGGAGAGGGAACGGAGGCGGAAAGAGCUGGAGAGGCGGCGGGACGAGGCUAGGAGAGGUAAUGGGACGGGGUGGGAGGGUGAACGUGAGGAGUUUGAGAGGAUGAUUGAAGAGAGUUUGCGGAGGGGCCAGGAGCGGAAGAUGAAGAAACGUAAGGCGGAUGUUUGGCUGGAUGUCUGGAGGCGGUAUUUAGAUAGUUGGGAGGAUUUGAAUGUGCGUGCCCGUGCUGCCGCUGCUGUUGCUACUACCAGUGGUGGAGGUGCACCUUUACCCUCAACUUUGACAUCGAAAAAUGACGAUCCUGUUACUGCUGCCACAGUGCUGGAUCCCGACAAGCGCUCAACUGAAAAUGAUAGUCAUGGAAAAUUACGAAACCUCAUUUGUUGGCCUGUUGAAUCGGGGAAGCGCAGGGAUAUCACACCUGAGGCUGUUGAGGCUUUCAUACGAAAUGCACCGAUGCCCACUCCCGCAGAUACGCCUGGUCGCCUUGCGGGGGAGAAAUCAUGUUCUCACCCAUCUGCUCUUCUUGCUGUAUUGAAGAUCGAGCGUGUCAGAUGGCAUCCGGAUAAAAUGCAGCAUCGAUAUGGAUCUCUUGGCAUGGAGGAGCAGCUUGUCAGGAGCGCAACAGAGGUAUUUCAGAUACUGGAUCGCAUGUGGGUGGAGCAGCGCGGGCGGGCAGAUAAGUGA